AUGUAUGGAAAAAAGCCUCCGAAAAAAACAAUCAGUCAGAAAGACCCUCCCACAGCAUCUUUUAGAUCAACAGGAAGAACAAAAACAACAAAAAAACAAACCACAAAAAACCAACCAACCAAAGCAAAUCAAGACAAUGACAAACCAGACGUCAGGAGGUCAGAACGUCCGAAAGUAUCGAAUAAAAAAUUGCAACAAAAAAUAAACGAUUCAGAGGAUUUAGGAGAUGAUGACAGUGAUGUGUCCGAUCGCCCUUGGAAUUACUCUUCGGGUUCUGAAGCCGAUGAUUCUGACAAUGAGGCCCCCACACUACAGCAGUGGUCGAAGCUGGUCGUCGAUCACCCCGUGGAAGAUUUCAAGCUACGUAGAGGACCACGCCAUGAUUUACCCGUGGAUGCUACUGAAUACGACUAUCUAGAGCUCUUUCUUGAUGUAAAUUUUUAUGAGGGCAUAGCACGAGAAACAAACAGAUAUGCUGAACAUUCACAGCGAGUAAAAGAUAGAGUCGAUUCCAGAUGGAUACCAGUGACAGCACCAGAGAUGAGGGCCUACUUCGGGAUUCUGAUUUAUAUGGGUAUCAUCAAGGCACCCACUCCCGGUCAAGACCUCUCAGUGGAUGAGGCGAUGAUCGCGUUCAAUGGCAGGUUGUUAAUCAAACAGUACAUGCCCGCAAAACCAACUAAGUGGGGAAUAAAAGUGUGGACAAUUGCAGACCCGAAGAGUGGUUAUAUGCUUGGGAUGAAGAUUUAUCUAGGGAAGAAAGAGCCGACCCAGGACAAGAGCCUACUUCUAGGGGAACAGGUGGUAUUAAACAUGACUGAGCCUUUUUCUGGAAAGUUCCAUCAUGUUUUCUUCGACAAUUUCUUUUCUUCUGUUCGUCUUGUGGAGCUUCUGAUGUUGCGCAAAUUGUACAGUUGUGGUACAAUUCGAGCAAAUAGGAAAGAGUAG